AUGCGAGUGUCUAUUAUUAGGAUCUUGAAGAGCAGGAAAGGUAUCAGGACUAGUUUUAAGCUGCUGGGUCUGCUUGUCGUGCUUCUAAUCAUCGUCGGUAUUAGCCACCAUGAUAAGUCAUCGGCUGAACUUUUAAAAAAUAUAGACUUUUUCACCUUCACAAUUGGUAAUAACUUGUUUGAGGCUGGUCAUUUUAAGUAUUUUGCAAACAAUAAAGAUUGGAAUCCACAUUAUGAAGAUUAUUUCCCGGAGUUAAGGCAAUCUAUUGCUGAAAAGCAAUUCCUAUCUAGUUCUGAAAAUAUUAAUGAAUUCAAUGAAGAUCCAAUUUCUCCGUUUGAUAGCAUUCCUGAUUAUGAUAAUUAUAUCCAUGAUCAAGCAGAAAAAUCGUCGUCAUUUAGAUCUCUGUUCUCAGGUAGUUAUUUCAGAGAUUUAGAUGCAUUCACAAAGUGUCAAUUUUAUUUCAAUAAUCUAUACCAGACAAAACCAGAUUGGAAUAAUGAUGUUCACGAACAUGGGUUGGUUUUAAAUACUAUUCGUGUAGAUAAGCAAGGACAGAAGAAAGAAGUGAAAGUUGAUGAAAAGACAAAAAUGACAAUGAGGAAGAAAGAUCUAAAUUUAGUCAAUGAAAGAUUGAGAAUAUAUGAUUUCUGUUUCAUUAAGAACAAAUUUGAUAUCACUAAGAUGUUCGGAUCUAUAGAACAUAAUCCUGUUGUUUCCAUACUUGAGUCGCAGUUAGGAAGGAAGAGCGAUAGAAACAAGAUUAAUCCCCUCGAAUUCCAACAAAGGAUGUUUCCUUAUUUACAAAAAUUCGAAUCUGCAAAGGAUUUUAAUAAAAUUAUGCCAAGAUACUCAAGAGGUGAUGGUGUUUGGUACGAAAAGGGCUCGUUCCCGACUGCAUUUACGUCCUUUAGUACCUACUCUGAUUACGAAAGUAACCCAUCGGAAACCGCAUUCGUGGAUUUCACUUAUGAUGUGAAAAAAUCUAUUUGGACUAACUGGAACUCCAUCUCAGAUUUGAUUCCUAGUUGGAAAAGAGGUAUCAUCAUCUCAAUGAGUGACCAUCAACUGGUUACUGCUUUGAAAUGGCUUGCGGCCGCUAGACAUGCUAAAGUUACGCUACCGAUCUUCUUUAUGUUUAAAAAUGAUGAUGUCUCGAAAGAAACAAUGCAUAAGUUGCACCGUGUAGCAAGAUCUUAUGAUGUGGAUAUUCCAAAUUCUAAGAAUUAUCCAAAGUUGGAUAUUUGGUUUAUCGAUUUGAAACCUUCUAUCGAGACUUCAAAAGUGAACGAAUUUACAAAAUAUAAGAACAAAUGGUUAGCUUUGCUAUUGAACCCACUUAAAGAAGUCUUGUUCCUUGACACAGAUACUGUCAAUUACAUGGAUCCAAACUUUUACUUUGAAACAGAACAAUUUAAAAACACAGGAACAUUAUUUUUUAGAGAUAGAUUCUUAAAUAUAGGUAAAUCAGAAGUUUGUUCGCAGAUUUCUGAAACACUUUCUCCAAAUUUUCAAGAAUCAUUUUAUUUUGGUAAGUUACCUUUAUUCGACAAUAAUUACAUUCUCAAAAACCUCACAGAGACAGACUUAACUACAGAGGAACUUGUAUUUAAAAGCUAUUUUGAUAAUAACAUCCAACACGAACUAGAGAGUGGGUUAAUGGCACUUGACAAAGAAAAUCAUAUCAUUCCGUUGCUGAUAUCAAGAAAUUUGAACUUAUAUAAACCUUUCGCAGGGUGUUCUCAUGGUGAUAAAGAAUUUUUUUGGCUCGGUUUUGUAGCAUCGGGUGCACCAUUCUCAAUCUAUCCUGUAAGAGCAGGCACAGUUGGAGAAGUUCUUACUGAAACGGACACUAGAGAACGUGUGCAAAAAAGAAUCUGCAAUCUUCAACUUGUUCAUUUUGCUGAGGAUAAAAGCAUCUUAUGGAUGAAUGGUGGAGCAAACAAUUGUAAAUUUCCUGGUUUUGCAGCUGCUGAUUGGCAAAACCCUAAAUUGAAAGGAUACAUUUCCAAGUUCGAAUCUUUUGAGUCAUUUAGGGAUUAUUAUGAGUAUCUUCCAAUAAAAACAGAUUAUGGAAUUAUUGCUGAUGGCACUAUGAGAUCAUCAUGGGAUAAGAAAUUCAAUCAUUGUAAAAAUAUAAAUUGGUGUGCUGUAUAUGUUAAAACGUCCAACAAAUUGAAUUUUGAGGAAGAUGAAGUCCAUGGUGAAUUAUUUCGCCUAGAUCCAGAAGUGAAACGGACAGUAGAUGAUUUGAAUUUUGUCUGGGCUACUUUUAACGUCACUCAAGUUAUUACUGAUCAAGAUAUUAAGUCAAUAAAGAAAGCGGCAAGAGAAUUAUCUGGAUUGGAUAAGGCUUUAAAAGAAGAAGCUGAAAAGAAAGCUAAGGAAGAAGCUGAAAAGAAAGCUAAGGAAGAAGCUGAAAAGAAAGCUGAAAAAGAAGCUGAAAAGAAAGCUAAGGCAGCAGCUGAAAAGAAAGCUGAAGAAGAGAAUUAA